AUGAAAGAUGGUGCGAGUUUGUUAAUAUUGACUGAUGUCUGCAAUCUUUUGGUCCUCCUUUCAAGUUUUUUGGUUUCCAAAAGAAAGUAUCAACAAAAAAUUGGAGUUGUUUCGUUGGAAAAGAAAUUUCAAAUUUCACAAGUUCACAUUUGGGCAAAAAGUAUAAUUCCAAGUAUUUUGGUCGCAAAGCUGUUCCGAUUCGUUUCUUUAUUUUUUAUAACUUUGAGUCUACACUACGAUGUAACCAAAGAAACAACUGCGGUUUGUUAUGCAACUUUUGACACAUUGCUCGACUUUUUUAUAAUCGUUCUUGUUUUGGGAAUUAUUAUUCGACAUCGUAAAUUGAGAAGAAGUCUAUUUUUCAACAAAGUUGAUGAUUGUCCUCAUACAUUCGAUGGAAGAAAAAUUGAUAUGAAUCCGACACAUAAUGAUUAUGAAAACUAUUUGAGAAAUCAGUGGAAAUAA